AUGUACCUGCGAACCGAAACCUGGGACGGGAAGAUCGACGUCACCUUGCUGGGCGCAAAAACGAAGGUCGCUCCGUUAAAGCAGGUGACAUUACCACGCCUGGAGCUUUGUGCGGCGACGCUGCUCUCUUGGCUUGUCGGCCACAUCAGCCGCGUCUUGGAGGCCUCGGACAUCCCUAUGCAUCUUUGGUCAGACUCAACUGUAGCCCUUGGAUGGAUCCGCGGCCACCCAGCCAGCUGGAUGACGUAUGUGGCCAACCGUGUCUCGGAGAUUCAAACGUCCUUGCCUGAUGCCGUGUGGCACCACAUUCCCGGACAAGACAACCCAGCCGACUGCGCUUCGCGAGGACUGUCACCGAGGGAGUUGGUAAACCACCCCCUCUGGUGGCACGGCCCGACGUGGCUGAGCACGGAUACAGGAGGCUGGACGACUGCGGGGGACGGUGACGGCGAGAGGGAGCUCCCCGAGCAGCGCGCCUCGAGCCACGCGGCCACGUUAAUCAAGGAGAAAAGCCAGGAACCCGAGAUGCUGAAGCGGUACUCGGCCCUGCACCGGUUGCUACGGGUCACGGCCUGGUGUCGUCGCUGGCUACGCCGACCCUUGGAGAGGCUAGCGCCCGAUGUACGGACCAACCCUGCCGUCCAGCGCGUUUUUCGGGCAGCUGAAGUCGAGGAAGCGCGCCUGAGUUGGAUCCGAGUCAUCCAAGCUGAAAACUUCAAGGCGGAGUUAGCGGCUAUCGAAAAUGGCAAACCUUUGCCCACCCGAAGUAAACUUACCCGGUUAACUCCUUUCAGAGACCCCCAGGGGAUCCUCAGAGUCGGCGGUCGGAUAAAGCGCGCCCUCCUCUCCUAUGACGCCAGGCACCCCAUCAUCUUACCUAGAGAAUCCAACUUCACUCGCCUCAUCAUCGAGGCGUGUCAUCGCCGGACCCUGCACGGGGGCGUGCAGCUAACGCUGGGCUCCAUCCGCCAGGAGUACUGGAUCUCCCGCGGGCGGACUCGUCAAAGGCAGCAUCCACCGCUGCUUAACGUGCCUACGAUGGCGGGCGGCGACUUCACAACCACUCAUGGGGGACCAGCCGCGGCCUCGAGUGACACCGGCUCGGCCGUUCCUCCACACAGGGGUCGACUACGCGGGACCAAUGUGGUUACGAACCUCCGGGGGACGAGGGCAGCGCGCUACUAA